UAUUUAACACCAGCACCCCCUCUGGGCACGGGGCGGGGGGGCGCGGCUCUGCCGCUGUCCGGGCGCGAGCGCAGCCGCGGCGCUCGUGCGGGACGCGCUCAUGCACGGGGUGAGGGUGACGGCGCGCUUGCCGCCAUUUUGAGGGGAGGCGGUGCUGGCGGCGUGGCGAUAGUCUUCGCCCCUCACGCGGUUCCUGUUCUGGGCUGAGGCGGCGAUGUCGAAGGCGAGCAGUAAGGCGAACGCGUGUAGGCAGGCGGCCGCCUCAGGGUCCUAUACGGGCCGCAGCUCUUCCACGUCGGGGCUGGGCGGGCGAGUGGAGCAGACGCCCCGCUAUACCCUUGGGCUACUGCAGACGCCGCGCAGCACGGCGGACAGCACCGGCGACUUUUCCAGCGGCGGGGCGAGGCCGGGUAGCUCCAGCGGGGAAGGCCUGGCUCCCAGCCGGGCUGUAUGUGGUAGCAGGGUGAAGCCGCCGGUUCCCGAAAGAGGAGAAUCAUAUUUUGGGGACAAAAGUUCUUGUGUAGAAAAUGCUAGCACAUUGAAUCUCACGAGUUCUUCUGUGCGAGGCCUGAAUAGCACAUGUAUAGGAAAAACACCCCUCUCUUCCAGUAAAUCUGUUUGCAGAAGCCAUACCCCUCUUAUGGGAUAUUCAGUUACAUCCUCAUCUGCAGCCUCUGCUCAUACUGUUGCAUCUGUUAUUGUAGCUGUAGUAGAAGGAAGAGGCCUUGCUAGAGGUGAAGUAGGAAUGGCCAGUAUUGACUUAAAAAAUCCUGAGGUGAUAUUAUCACAAUUUGCAGACAAUACAACUUAUGCCAAGGUUAUUACUAAACUUAAGAUUUUAACACCACUAGAAAUAAUAAUGUCAAACACUGCUUGUGAUGCAGGGAACACAAAAUUGUUCAGCCUGAUAACGGAACAUUUCAAGAAUGUGACUUUUACAACCAUCCAAAGAAAAUACUUCAAUGAAACAAAGGGUUUGGAAUACAUAGAACAAUUGUGUGCAUCUGAAUUCAGCACAAUUUUCAUGGAGGUUCAAUCAAAGUAUUACUGUCUUGCAGCUGCUGCAGCUUUGCUGAAAUACGUUGAAUUUAUUCAAAAUUCAAUUUAUGCUCCUAAAUCACUCAAGGUGCGUUUCCAGGGGAGUGAGAAAACAGCUAUGAUAGAUUCAUCAUCAGCACAAAAUCUUGAACUAGUAAUUAAUAACAGAGAUUCUCGGAAUGGUCACACUCUUUUUGGUGUCUUAAAUUACACUAAAACUCCAGGUGGAAGUCGAAGACUUAGAUCCAAUAUCCUGGAGCCGUUAGUUGAUGCUGAAACAAUUAAUAUGAGACUAGACUGUGUUCAGGAAUUACUCCAGGAUGAGGAGCUCUUCUUCGGUCUUCAAGCAGUUAUCUCAAAAUUCCUGGAUACAGAACAACUACUUUCAGUUUUGGUACAAAUUCCAAAGCAAGAUACAGUUAAAACUGCUGAAUCAAAAAUAACUAAUUUAAUCUACCUAAAGCAUACUCUAGAACUUGUGGAGCCUCUAAAAGCUGCUUUAAGAAGCUGUAACACUCCGCUGCUAAGGGCUUAUUACAAUUCUCUUGAUGAUACAAGAUUUGGAAUUAUACUUGAAAAGAUUACAACUGUAAUUAAUGAUGAUACAAGGUACACAAGAGGAUGUCUGAGUAUGAGGACCCAGAAAUGCUAUGCUGUUAAGCCUAACAUCAAUGAAUUUCUUGACAUAGCUCGUAGAACAUACACAGAAAUUGUUGAUGACAUAGCAGGUAUGAUAUCACAACUCGCAGAAAAGUACAACCUACCAAUGAAAACAAGUUUCAGCUCUGCCCGUGGAUUUUUUAUCCAGAUGAAUGUUGAUUGUGCAACAUUACCCAAUGGCCAGCUUCCGUCAGAAUUUACAAAGGUCACUAAAAUUAAAAACACAUAUAGCUUCACUUCAGCAGAUUUAAUAAAAAUGAACGAAAGAUGUCAGGAGUCCCUGAGAGAAAUAUAUCACAUGACCUACUUAAUAGUGUGUAAAUUACUGAACGAGAUCUAUGAACACAUUCAUUGCCUAUACAAGCUGUCUGACAUUGUGUCAAUGCUGGAUAUGCUGCUUUCAUUUGCCCAUGCCUGUACUCUUUCUGAUUAUGUUCGUCCAGAAUUUACAGAUACAUUAGCAAUCAAGCAGGGAUGGCAUCCCAUUCUUGAAAAGAUAGCUAUGGAAAAACCUGUGUCUAACAACACAUACCUGACAGAGGGUAACAAUUUUGUCAUCAUCACAGGACCAAAUAUGAGUGGAAAAUCAACAUACCUAAAACAGAUUGCGCUCUGUCAAAUCAUGGCACAGAUUGGUUCUUACGUCCCAGCAGAGUAUUGUUCUUUUCGAAUCUCAGAGCAAAUUUUUACCAGAAUAGGUAUGGACGAUGAUAUAGAAACAAACGCAUCAACAUUCAUGAAGGAAAUGAAAGAGAUAACGUACAUCAUACAAAAUGCUAAUGACACAUCACUAAUCAUAAUUGACGAACUUGGCAGAGGUACCAGUGCUGAAGAAGGUAUUGGCAUUUGUUAUGCUGCCUGUGAAUAUCUAUUGAAUUUAAAGGCGUUUACGUUGUUUGCUACACAUUUCCUGGAACUGUGUCAUAUAGACGCUUUAUAUCCAAAUGUGGAAAACUACCAUUUUGAAGUGCAACAUAUGAGAAGCAGUGCUGGAAAUGAGAAAAUUGCUUACACUUAUGCACUCUCUAAAGGAUAUACAGAAGAAAAGAACUACGGAUUAAAAGCUGCAGAAGUUUCCUCCCUGCCAUCAUCUGUAAUUUUGGAUGCAAAGGAAAUCACAAAUCGCAUUGCAAAACAAAUUUUGCACAGGCAGAAGAGUACUCCUGAGAUGAUGAAACAGAGAGCUACAUACCAUUUAGCAAUGAGAUUGGUUCAGACUGCCAGAAAUUCUCGAUUGGAUCCCGACAGUUUGCGUAUAUAUUUGAAAGGCUUGAAGAAAAAGUAUGAAGCCAGUUGUCCUGCACCUAAACAAAAUGAUGAGCAACAGUAAUGUAUAACAUAGGCUGUUGCUCUAUUUUUUAUGACUGCAAGAUGAUUCUAUUUUUUUCCAUAGUAUUAGAAAACACUGCUUUUCACAUUUGAAAAUUCUUAAUUCUUAAUCUAAAUUAUACUCACUACUGAAAGACAAUAUCCACCAUGGGUUUUUUCCCCAAAACAUACUUGAAAUAGAAGCAUUUACUUUGUAUGAGGAACACAAUUCUUUUUGAUAAUGAACUAUAUUUCUUUCAUUAUUUUAGAGACAACAAAGUUGUAUAAUGUUUAGUAUUCUCUGUGUGAUGUAUCUAGUAUUACAGCUCUUACAUCUUACACUAAAGAUCUUGCCUAACAAAAAGCAGUCUUUGAAACAGAUGGUCCACUUGUCUUGCACAGGCAAGCUCUGCUUGAAGAUGCAUCCAUAAAUCCUGUUGUUCCCUACUCAAGGAGGGUUCUAGCUCCCUCAGUCAUUAUGCUUAAUCCAACAUAAGGCAGGCGGUCCAGGACUGCUGCUUCUCUGGAACUGGGCAGCAAGAGUUUUUUUUGUAAUACAGUAACAGCAAAUUACUGUGCUGUUGACACUGUUGGUCAGUUUUUGUUUAGAAUGUAACAGGAAAUCAAUAAAAAGUUGAACGUC